CCUUCUUUCUCUGUUAUCUUCUAUUCCUUCUGUAGCUCUCUCACUUCUUCAACACACUUCUCUCUCUCUCUCUCUCUCUCUCUCUCUCUCUCUCUCUUUUUCUAAAAAUUGUUCAUUGUUGAAUACAUACACACAACAAUGGCAACUCUUGCUGAUAUUGGGGUCUCAGCAUUCAUCAACAUAGUCACUGCCUUUACUUUCCUUCUAGCCUUUGCUCUCCUUAGAAUCCAACCCAUCAAUGACAGAGUUUACUUUCCCAAGUGGUACAUCAGUGGAGGAAGAAGUAGCCCAAGGCGGCAUAGGAACUUUGUGGCCAAAUUUGUCAACCUCAAUAUCAAGACUUAUCUUACCUUCUUGAACUGGAUGCCACAGGCUAUGAGGAUGACUGAGACUGAGAUUAUCAACCAUGCUGGCCUUGACUCUGCUGUUUUCUUGAGAAUUUACACUCUUGGCUUAAAGAUUUUUGUACCAAUGACAGUCCUGGCACUCCUUAUCCUUAUACCAGUCAAUAUAUCUAGUGGAACAUUAUCUUUCCUUAAAAAAGAACUGGUUACGAGUGAUAUCGAUAAGCUUUCAAUAUCAAAUGUUCGUCCUGAAUCUAUAAGGUUUUUUUUCCACAUUGGAUUGCAAUACUUGUUCACAAUAUGGACUUGCUUCAUGCUAUACAAGGAAUAUGAUUAUGUUGCAUCGAUGAGGUUGCAUUUCUUGGCUUCACAACGCAGGCGUGUGGAGCAGUUCACGGUAGUGGUAAGGAAUGUGCCAUAUGUUCCUGGUCACUCGGUAUCUGAUACUAUUGAUCACUUCUUUCAAACUAAUCAUCCAAAUGAUUAUCUCUGUCACCAGGCAGUCUACAAUGCAAACAAGUAUGCUAAACUCGUGAGAAAAAGAGAGAGGCUCCAAAAUUGGCUUGACUAUAACCAGCUGAAGUUUGAAAGGCACCCAGAAAAGAGGCCAACUAAAAAGACAGGAUUUUUGGGGCUUUGGGGUGGAAGGGUUGAUUCCAUUGAGUACUACAAACAACAUAUUAAGCAGCUUGACAAAACAUUGACACUGGAGCGAGAGAAAAUUGUCAAAGACCCAAAAGCUAUCCUGCCAGUUGCCUUUGUUUCAUUUAAUUCCCGUUGGGGGGCUGCUGUUUGUGCACAGACACAGCAAAGCAAAAAUCCCACACUUUGGUUGACAAAUUGGGCCCCAGAACCUCGUGAUGUCUAUUGGCGGAACUUGGCCAUACCAUUUGUUUCUUUAAGUAUCCGUAAACUUUUAAUAUCACUGACAGUGUUUGCUUUGGUGUUCUUCUACAUGAUUCCCAUUGCAUUUGUGCAAUCCCUUGCAAAUCUGGAAGGUCUUGAAAGAGUAGCUCCUUUUCUCAGGCCUGUGAUAGAACUAAAAUUCAUUAAGUCAUUCCUGCAGGGCUUCCUUCCAGGUCUAGCCCUCAAAAUCUUUCUAUACAUUCUUCCAACAGUUUUGAUGAUCAUGUCAAAAAUUGAGGGACAUAUAGCAAUGUCAACACUAGAACGGAGAGCAUCAGCAAAGUACUAUUAUUUUAUGUUAGUGAAUGUAUUCUUGGGAAGUAUCGUGACUGGAACAGCAUUUGAGCAAUUGCAUGCUUUCCUUCACCAAUCUCCUACACAGAUUCCUAGAACCAUUGGGGUCUCCAUACCAAUGAAAGCUACUUUCUUCAUCACAUAUAUAAUGGUUGAUGGGUGGGCUGGCAUUGCUAGCGAGAUUCUUCGAUUGAAGCCAUUGGUAAUAUAUCAUCUAAAGAACAUGUUUCUGGUGAAAACUGAAAGGGACAGAGUAAAGGCAAUGAGGCCUGGGAGUGUUGAUUUCCCAGAGACUCUCCCAAGUCUCCAAUUGUAUUUCCUGUUGGGGCUUGUGUAUGCCGUAGUUACUCCAAUCCUUCUUCCUUUCAUACUAGUCUUCUUCGCCUUGGCCUACUUAGUUUACCGCCACCAGAUAAUCAAUGUAUACAAUCAACAAUAUGAGAGUGUUGCUGCGUUCUGGCCACAUGUCCACAGCCGCAUAAUAGCAAGCUUGUUGAUAUCCCAACUUCUUUUGCUGGGACUGCUUAGUACAAAAAAAGCUGCCAAUUCCACUCCUUUGCUUGUUAUUUUGCCCAUAUUGACAUUGUCAUUCCAUAAAUAUUGCAAACAUCGCUUUGAGCCUGCAUUUAGGAAAUACCCACUUGAGGAAGCCAUGGCAAAGGACAUAUUGGAACGGACUACAGAACCCAACCUGAACUUAAAAGCUUGUUUAGCCGAUGCGUAUUUGCACCCAAUUUUCCAUUCAUUUGAGGAAGAAGAGGAGUUAGUUGAGGUGAGAGUCGACAAACAUCAAACCCACGGAGUUGCUCCCUCAGCGGGUGAAAUCAGCUCCCCCUCCCCACCCCAUGAUGUCCAUCAUUCUCCAUCCCCACCUCAUUAUGUUAAUUAUCCAUCCUCCCCACCUCAAUUUGUCUAUCAUCCCUCCUCCCCACCCCAAUAUGUUUAUCAUCCCUCUUCUCCACCACGCUACGACUAUCGUUAUGAAGUUGAGCCUUGAACUAAUACUCCUAGCGUGCUUAAGAGAAACCCUUGCCAGUUCUUUUAGUCCAUAUAGCAUCUUAUCACUGUGCAUUGAGGUUGUCUAUCUAAUUGUAAUUAAUGUUUUCAUCAAUGUAUUGUGGUUGGGUUAUGGCAUUUUCUUCUAUUAUAAUUGAGGUUACACGUCUUUUAUUGUCA